UUCACCAAAAUCUCCCUCUCUUCUACGCUUCUCUCCAUGUUCUAUCACUCGCUCUCACAAGCAACAACCUAACGAACCCUCUAAAUAUAUAGGCCCUAAACGUAGUAUCUACAAUUGUCACAACCUUGCCAGAAAAAAAGAGAGAUCGAGGAAACAAUAGCAGUGAUCGUAGGAAGGAGAAGACAAAGAAAGAUGUGUUGUGGAAGGAUUUGCAUGUUAUGCACAUGCCUGGUUUUGGUGGUGGUCGCCAUCGGUAUGGUCUUUGGUUUUGGUGUAUUCAAAAACGGAUUCCACAAGAUUCACGGCAAAAUUCACCUCGAUUGUGAUCCGAGAUUAGGCUGCAAUGGCAGUAGUAGUCGCCGUGCUUACGGUUUCAUACCUCCUCCAAACAUAUUUUAGCUGAGAACACAGACUCCAAUCUAGCCGUCAGUUUGCGUUUGAAUAGAUGGAUUUGGUCUCGUACGUGUCUUUCUUAAUAUUAAAUUGCAGUCUUCUUUUUUUUUUCUUUCUAGUUUGUAAUGUGUUGUUAUAGUGAUUUUAUCAUAAUCACUGAUCAGUGAAGUUUAUGUACACAAAGCAUUUAUCUAUUAUAUUGUCCCAUAGUAUACAUAUAAU